AGAAGAAAGCUUUCCAUGAGCCCACAAUUAAACGAACAAGUUGGUAUUCCACAUGCCUUUAUCAUCUAUUUUGUGGAUAACAUACAGGAGUUAUGCACACGCGCAGACACACACACCCCCACCCCCCACUCUCUCUCAUCUUUCCAGUCUUAAUCCCUGGCAGAUGCAGCCUCGGGUGAAAUGAGAAACCAGGGAACCCCCUGGAGCCGGGGGAGCCACUCAUCGGCAUGACCGUGAAAGCGGUGGACUCACUCUCCAAACCAGAGAAGCGCCUGGCAAACGAGCCACAAAGUCAUCUCAAGACCCAAGUCGGGAAAGGAAAGGGAGAACGAGAGAAAUAAGACAAACCAAAGGAGCCGCGACAGACUGAUCGGCCUAGGCCACCUCGUGAAGCCUGGCGGCAACCCGCCCCAGCCCUAGAAAAAGCAGGAGAACCAUGAGGCAGUAGCAGCCAUGCUGCCCUUCCUGCUGGCCACAUUGGGCACCAUGGCCCUCAACAACAGCAACCCCAAGGACUACUGCUACAGCGCCCGCAUCCGCAGCACUGUCCUGCAGGGCCUGCCGUUCGGGGGCGUCCCCACCGUGCUGGCUCUGGACUUCAUGUGCUUCCUUGCACUGCUGUUCUUGUUCUCCAUCCUCCGGAAGGUGGCCUGGGACUACGGGCGGCUGGCCUUGGUGACAGAUGCAGACAGGCGCCGGCAGCAGGAGAGAGCCCGAGUGGAACAGGAAUAUGUGGCCUCGGCUAUGCACGGGGACAGUCACGACCGGUAUGAGCGUCUCACGUCUGUCUCCAGCUCCGUCGACUUUGACCAAAGGGACAAUGUGAGUGUCCUCCCCCCAGCUUCUCAGCACCCCCUCCUCCGGGGCACGUGGGCUCAGCAGCCUUGGCUUCAGGUGAUGUGGAGUCAAGGGUCUAUGCGGUGGGGCCUUCUGCCCAGCAAGGGUGAUGCUCAUCCGAGAGCCACAAGGUAGCCCCCAGACCCAGAACUCGGGGCUCUGUCUUCCACGGCAGCCUCCAAACCAGCAGAGGUUGAACAUCUGUGGUUUCUAAAUGUCAUUUUCCCCAGUAGAGUUCUGUGCCCCUCUCCAGUGAUCAAUCCUAAGGACCUCUUUUUCCUUAGACAUUUUCCUGGAAGUAAUCAUGAACCUUCCAGGCCUGCUUAGCAAAACAUGCAGAAUCCAUUGUGCUGCUCAGCGGUUGCAGGCUGGUGGCCCCUGGCAAUCUGGGGCCAGAUGACCUGCUUGUAGAUUGGAGCUGAGGGGCGGGGCCCCUGUAGACAAGGCAUGUACUUGGGGAGACAUAGCAGACCCCAGGCCCCUUUAGAUCAGACCCAACACGCUGGCAUUACCUGUCUGGCCCCCUGUCAUUCUGCCAGGGUGAGAACGCUAACCCUGCUCAGAACUCUAAUCCUCAGGCUAUAGGGUGGCUCUGGUCAGUCCAGCUUAGGCUGGGGGCCCCGGGAGCAGCAGCUCCUGUGGCCCCCAUAGCAGAAGAAGCCUGUCAGCUUCCUGAGUUGGACUCAUACUGGUAAGUGACAAAGCAGAGGUAUCACCCCUCCCAGCCAGAGCUGUCCAGAUGGUCCCCAGACUUAGGUGAUGUUGGCAACAGAUAGCACGGUCCUGUAUCUUGGCUGGAAGUCUCUCAGUAGGAAGUUGGGUCAGGAUCUCUCUGCCCAGCCUUUCCCCACAUAGCCCCACCCUGCCCUGAGCGGGGUCUCUGUCUGAAGACAAGCCUGGGGGCUGGAGAGCAGGAGAUCACAGCUCACUGGGACCCUGGGAUGGUCCCUCUGAGGUAUUCUUGGGGUUUCCCACGUGCUGCUAGUGGUAAAGAACCUGCCUGCCAAUGCAGGAUUCACAAAAGAUGCAGGUUCGAUCCAUGGGU